GAUACAGAUAUACAGAGAGAGAGAGAGAGAGAGAGACUGAGAAGAGAGGAAGACGAGUUGUCAAAUCAAUCUUCUGUCCAUCGGGUGGAGUCUUCAGUACUCAAAUCUCCGCGUGCGAGAGGGUUGCUUUUGAUGAUCGUGGUCGAGAUCGGACGUCUCUGCCGUCUGAUUCGCCGGGGUUUUGGAUACGAUGAUUUCGUUAACUGACGGUGCGCGGCAGCACCAGCUGCAACAUCAGCUUUUGGGUUCUGCCGGGAUGCCUAGGAUGUCGUUGGCGGACGAAUCGUUUGUUCUGAAGUCGGAGCCUCCAUCGAGUCUCAAGCUCUUCAAGGGUUCUGAUUCUCACGAAGUUGAUGAAGAUGUGCAUAUGACACUUGCUCAUCAGCUCUACAAGGCUGGGAACUAUAAGCAGGCACUGGAGCAGAGCAAUAUUGUUUAUGAGAGAAGCCCACUACGAACUGAUAAUCUUCUUCUUUUGGGUGCUAUUUAUUAUCAGUUGCAUGAUUUCGAUAUGUGCAUUGCAAAAAAUGAAGAAGCUCUUAGAAUUGAGCCACAUUUUGCAGAAUGCUUUGGAAACAUGGCAAAUGCUUGGAAGGAAAAGGGCAACAUUGAUCUUGCAAUUCGCUACUAUCUGGUUGCCAUUGAGCUUCGGCCUAAUUUCUGUGAUGCCUGGUCGAACUUAGCUAGUGCAUACAUGCGUAAAGGGCGGCUUACUGAGGCAGCGCAAUGUUGUAGGCAGGCGCUUGCAUUAAAUCCUCUUUUGGUUGAUGCUCAUAGCAAUCUUGGGAAUUUAAUGAAGGCGCAGGGUUUGGUGCAAGAAGCAUACAGUUGCUACCUAGAGGCUUUACGAAUACAGCCAACUUUUGCUAUUGCCUGGUCAAAUCUUGCUGGUCUCUUUAUGGAAUCGGGAGAACUUAACAGAGCCCUUCAGUAUUAUAAGGAAGCAGUCAAGCUGAAACCCACAUUCCCUGAUGCCUAUCUAAACCUUGGAAAUGUUUAUAAGGCUUUGGGAAUGCCUCAAGAGGCUAUCAUGUGCUUCCAGCGUGCUCUUCAGACGCGACCAGACUAUGCAAUGGCUUUUGGUAAUUUGGCUAGCACAUACUAUGAGCAAGGCCAGCUGGAUUUGGCAAUUGUUCAUUAUAAGCAAGCUAUUGCAUGUGAUUCAGGAUUUUUGGAGGCUUACAAUAACUUGGGUAAUGCUCUCAAGGAUUCGGGUAGGGUGGAUGAAGCGAUGCAAUGCUACCAUCAAUGCCUUACACUACAACCUAGCCAUCCACAAGCGCUUACCAACCUUGGAAACAUAUAUAUGGAGUGGAACAUGAUGGCGGCGGCUGCUACAUAUUACAAGGCAACGUUGGCUGUGACAACUGGAUUAUCUGCUCCAUUUAAUAAUCUUGCAAUGAUAUAUAAGCAACAGGGCAAUUAUGCAGAUGCUAUAUCUUGCUAUAAUGAAGUUCUACGCAUUGAUCCUUUGGCCGCUGAUGGUCUUGUCAAUAGGGGCAACACAUAUAAGGAGAUUGGUAGAGUAAAUGAAGCAAUUCAGGACUAUGGACGUGCUAUUAGCAUUAGGCCUGCCAUGGCUGAAGCCCAUGCAAAUUUAGCUUCAGCUUAUAAGGACAGUGGGCAUGUGGAAUUAGCAGUAAAGAGUUAUAAACAGGCAUUGCUUCUGCGCCCCGAUUUUCCAGAAGCCACUUGUAACCUUCUGCACACGUUACAGUGUGUUUGCAGUUGGGAAGAUCGGGAUAAAAUGUUUGCUGAAGUAGAAGGAAUUAUCAGAAGACAGAUUAAGAUGUCCGUUCUUCCAAGUGUGCAACCUUUUCAUGCAAUAGCAUAUCCUAUUGAUCCGAUGCUUGCACUUGAAAUUAGCCGCAAAUAUGCUGCCCACUGCUCCAUGAUUGCAACUCGUUAUGGGCUUCCUGCCUUUAAGCAUCCUGCCUCAAUACCAAUAAGGAGUGAAGGUGGAAACAGAAGACUAAGAAUUGGAUAUGUUAGCAGUGACUUUGGUAAUCAUCCUUUAUCACAUCUUAUGGGCUCUGUAUUUGGCAUGCACAACAGAGAAAAUGUUGAGGUAUUCUGUUAUGCCUUAAGUCCAAAUGAUGGAAGUGAGUGGAGGCAGCGUAUCCAGUCUGAAGCUGAGCACUUCGUUGAUGUUUCUGCCAUGUCCUCAGAUUUGAUUGCUAAACUGAUUAAUGAAGAUAAAAUACAAAUCCUAGUCAAUCUUAAUGGCUAUACAAAGGGGGCCAGGAAUGAAAUAUUUGCCAUGCAGCCUGCACCUAUUCAGGUCUCGUACAUGGGGUUCCCUGGCACCACUGGUGCAACUUAUAUAGAUUACUUGGUCACUGAUGAGUUUGUCUCUCCUUCAUGUUACUCUCACAUUUACUCAGAAAAGCUUGUCCAUCUUCCUCAUUGUUACUUUGUAAAUGAUUAUAGGCAGAAAAAUCGAGAUGUGUUGGAUCCAAACUGCCAGCAUAAGAGAUCGGAUUAUGGUCUUCCUGAGAACAAAUUUAUUUUUGCUUGCUUCAAUCAGUUGUACAAGAUGGAUCCUGGAAUUUUUAAUACUUGGUGCAAUAUUCUUAAACGUGUACCUAACAGUGCAUUGUGGCUACUCAAAUUUCCUGCUGCAGGCGAGCCCAGGCUACGUGCAUAUGCUGUUGCACAGGGAGUGCAGCCAGACCAAAUUAUCUUCACAGAUGUUGCCAUGAAAAAUGAACAUAUCAGACGUAGUGCUUUAGCAGACCUCUUCCUUGACUCGCCUUUGUGUAAUGCGCACACCACAGGUACUGAUAUUCUCUGGGCUGGUUUGCCAAUGAUAACAUUGCCCCUCGAGAAAAUGGCUACAAGGGUUGCUGGCUCACUUUGCCUAGCCACUGGUGUUGGGGAGGAGAUGAUUGUUAACAGCACAAAGGAGUACGAGGAGAAGGCAGUCUCAUUGGCUCUGAAUCGCCCGAAGCUCCAGGCUCUUACCAAUAAACUGAAGGCUGCACGUUUGAGUUGCCCGCUAUUCGACACAAUACGCUGGGUGAGGAAUCUGGAGAGGGCAUAUUUCAAAAUGUGGAAUCUCUAUUGCUCAGGUCAACAUCCCCAACCAUUCAAAGUCGCUGAGAAUGAUCCCGACUUCCCUUAUGAUAGAUAGAUGGGAAGGAAGGAAAGGAUUUUUAUUUUUUUGUAGAAAAAAGCAUUUGAAAGGAAAAGUAUGGAUGGUAAAUUUACUAAUCUGUGAGAGGUGUUACCUUUUAUGAUCGUGCGGUUAAAUACACAAUGUAGGGUGGUGGUCUUUGUGUGACUCGAACCAUUUGAAUUUUGCCAUCCCUGCUGUUAAGUAAAAUUGAGAAAUCCCAGGUCCCAAUCUUUUGUCCUUGUAAACUUUUAUGUGUUUCCUUUUAUUAUAAGAUUAAUAUGAACCUUUAUAAGCC